AUGGGGUUUUUAGCAGCAACUGGAGCAUUUGCACUGGUUUAUGUUGCAGCACGUCUUGCUGCUUUUUUUUAUCGACUUUUAUGUCCAGUAAGACUUGAUAUAAAAAAAUUUGGUGAAUGGGCAUUGGUUACUGGUAGUACAGAUGGAAUUGGUAGAGCAUAUGCAAUUGAAUUAGCGAAACGAGGUCUCAAUGUUAUUUUAAUUAGUCGAACAAAAGAAAAAUUAGAACAAGUAGCAAAAGAAAUUCAAAGCAAAAGUCCAACUGUACAAGUUAAAACUAUUGCUAUUGAUUUUACAAAAGACAAUUCAAUCUAUACAACAAUUCGUGAAGAAAUUCGUGAUUUGGAUAUUGGCGUUCUAGUGAAUAAUGUUGGAAUGUCUUAUGAAUAUCCAGAAUUUUUCGAUAAAGUUGAAAAUAGUGCAAAACUUGUCAACGAUAUGAUUAGAUGUAAUGUUGAUUCAGUUGCUUAUUUAACACAAAUGAUUUUACCAGAUAUGCUUCAAAAACGACGAGGUCUUAUUGUUAAUUUAUCAAGUGUUUCAGGUCGACGACCAGUACCAUUAUUAGCGCUUUAUUCAGGCACAAAAGGAUUUGUUGAUUUAUUUUCACGAUCAUUAGCUGCUGAAUGUGCAUCACGUGGUGUAUUAGUUCAAUCGUUAUGUCCGGGUUUUGUUGUUAGUAAAUUAUCAGGCAUUCGUAAAUCAUCGUUAUUUUCUCCAACACCAGAACAAUUUGUUGCGAGUGCAAUUGAUCGUAUUUUACUUCCAUUUACAACUGGAUAUUGGGCACAUGAACUUCAAGAUUUUGGUCAAUCGCUUCUACCAGAUUUUCUUUCGAACAAAGCAACAAUGUUUGUCUUAGGUGGUGUUCGUGCUAGAGCACUUAAAAAACGUAACAAAAGACAAUAA